AUGUUUCAACUGAUCCGCUUCAGGAUCUCUAGAUCUGCGGUGCUCCUCAACGCGUUCCUUCUCUUCCUGCCGUUAACAUAUUCUUUAUACAUCAACUAUAACGAUCACGUUGGUUUCUCCAAAGCCAUAUGCCUCUUCCUAGCUGUUUCGCAGGUCCUCUUGAACACGUUCGUGUGUAUCGUUCAACAGGAUCGCUUUUGGGAGCUGAUCGUAGAGAUGAAAAAGUGUUGCAACGAAGCAAAGACAUAUGAAAGACAGGUUUAUCAAACGUACGUUCAUAAAUACUCCACGUUCUAUGGGGCGUCUGCGAUAUGGUUCUACCUGACAGCAUCCAUCAUAGCGAUUGGAACGUUGUUCAUUCCCCAGCCUUUUCCAACGAACGCUGAAUACCCGUUUCCCGUUGAUUAUCAACCCCUCAAGAGCAUCCUAUUCCUCCAUCAAUGGUUCUUUCUCUAUCAAUGUUCCGCUCACGUGUGCAUCAACAUGCUUUGCGCUUUGCUGAUGUUGUUCGCCGCGGCUCGUUUCGAGAUCUUGAAGGUGGAACUGCGCGAGGUGAAGAGUUCUAACGAACUGAUCGAUUGUGUGAAAAAGUAUUACAUUGCGAGAAGAUACGCGAAGAAAGUGUUGAGUGCUUCUCGGUUUAUAGCUUUGAAUACGGUGAUGCUGUGCGGUACGCGACAGCCGUCUACUGUGAUAAUUCAAUUUAUGUCUUUGGCUGGGACUGCGCUGAUGGAGGUUUUCAUGGUCGCCUGGCCAGCUGAUCAUCUAUUGGAUUUGGUGAGUUGUAUUUUAACUCGUUUCAAUAUAUUUGUUCCGUUCGCACGUUUUCUUUCUGGACAG